UAUUCUUUCCUAUUUGUUUUUCAUAAGAACAAAAUGCAGACCAUUUCUCACUGCCGAAAUCUUAAUAAUUCUUCUUCUCUAAUUCGAUCUUCCACGCCUCGGUUUCAUAAGCUGAUUCGGUUGGCCGUACGUUGCGCCUACCACUCUGACUCCGUCCAAUUCCCCAAUGGCGUCGGUUCGAGCCGGGCUGAUUGGCAAAGCUCUUGUGCUAUUCUCUCUAGUAAAGUCUUUUCCCAGCACCAAGAUUCCGACGACAAAUCCGAAUCUUCCUCCGCCGCUUCCGCUGUAAACGGCUAUAAAACCUCCUUGGAUCUCAACCUGGUCCCUCUCGACAAGAGCAACAAGCCUCAACCACCUUCGAAACUGCCUCUACAGAAGCCGUUAACCAUAACCGAUUUGUCUCCUUCUCCGAUGCACGGCUCUGAGCUGCGUGUGGCUUACCAAGGAGUCCCCGGUGCUUACUCGGAAGCUGCAGCAGGAAAAGCUUAUCCGAACUGCGAAGCCAUCCCGUGUGAUCAGUUUGAAGUUGCGUUUCAAGCGGUUGAGCUUUGGAUUGCCGAUCGAGCCGUCUUACCGGUGGAAAACUCACUCGGUGGUUCGAUUCAUCGGAACUACGAUCUCCUCCUCAGGCACCGCCUCCACAUCGUAGGUGAAGUUCAACUUCCGGUCCACCACUGCCUCUUAGCUCUCCCGGGUGUUAGGAAAGAGUACUUGACGCGCGUCAUUUCUCAUGCGCAAGCUCUCUCUCAGUGUGAAAACACGAUCACCAAACUCGGCCUCAACGUCACACGCGAAGCCGUCGAUGAUACCGCCGGAGCCGCCGAGUAUGUAGCCGCGAAUAACCUUCGAGACACCGCCGCAAUAGCAAGCGCACGCGCCGCCGAACUCUACGGACUCAACAUCCUGGUCGAUGGAAUCCAAGAUGAUUCGAGCAACGUAACGCGCUUCGUGACGCUAGCUCGGGAGCCAAUCAUCCCGCGCACGGACCGGCCGUUCAAAACAAGCAUCGUUUUCGCGCACGAGAAAGGAACGAGCGUGCUUUUCAAAGUGCUAUCGGCGUUCGCGUUUAGGAACAUCAGCUUGACGAAGAUCGAGUCGCGGCCGCACCGGAACAGGCCGAUCCGGUUGGUGGACGACGCCAAUGUGGGAACGGCGAAGCAUUUCGAGUACAUAUUUUACGUUGAUUUCGAAGCGUCGAUGGCCGAUGUCAGAGCCCAAAACGCGUUGGCUGAGGUCCAAGAGUUCACCUCUUUCUUGAGGGUAUUAGGCAGUUACCCAAUGGAUAUGACGCCUUGGUGCCCGUCAAGGGGAGAUUAGCAAAACCCAUGAAAAUCAAAAUUAUAAAAAAAACAAAUAAUU